ACGCAGUCCCAGGCUCAUAAGAUGGGGCUGCCCUCCCCAGCAAGCUGUUGGAUUGCUUUAGUAUCUGUGCUGCUAGUAUGUCGGGCAAUUGUGUGCCUGGGGGUGCCAGACCCCAGUGUGAGAGACCACCUGAUGCAAGAGGAGGCCUUUAGACAGGUAGGGGGCGGAGUGCUGCUGACGGAGCCAGAGCGCCGGCUCAGUGAACGUCUGCAUAAACUGAAAGAGCAGGAAAUGGCCGGGCCGCAAUUCCCUCCCGCGAUGCACUUCUUUAAAGCACGGUCGCUGAUCCAGCAGAGCCCCAUCUUCCGCCUUCUCCAGAUGAUGCCCAAAGGGGCGGCCCUUCACAUUCAUACCUCUUCACUGGUUGGUGUGGACUGGCUCGUGAAGAACGUGACAUACAGGCCACACUGCUACGUUUGCUUCACCGCGGACCAGUCCGUGCGUUUCAUCUUCUCUGCCAAGCAGCCCAUCCCGCAGCCUGGGUGCUCAAAGUGGACACUGUUGGAGGCUCUGAGGAGGGAGCUCGGAAAUGUCACUGGCUUUGACAGAAGUCUGAUGCAGAACCUCACGCUCUUCACUGCUGACCCAGAGACUACUUACCCCAGCCAGAAUGUGGUGUGGAGCAAGUUUGAACAGACCUUCUCUGCAGUUUUGGGACUGCUCAGACACGCGCCCGUGUUCAAAGACUACUUGUAUCAGGGCCUGACACAGCUGUACCAGGACAACAUCAUUUAUGUGGAACUGAGGACAGACCUAUCUGAGACAUAUGAGCUUGAUGGUAGUACCCACGACAAGUCCUGGUGCCUGAGAACCUACCAGGAAGUAAGCAGGAAGUUUGCAGCACAGCAUCCCGACUUCCUGGGAGCUCGUGUCAUCUUCACUGUCCGCAGAAAUCUCAGUGCCUCAAAAGUCAGAGAAGCAGUGCAGAGUGCCAUAACCCUGCAUAAAGAGUUCCCAGAGGUCAUGGUGGGUUUUGACUUGGUGGGGCACGAGGAUACCGGCAGACCCCUGUGGUACUUCAGAGAAGCCCUGUCCCUGCCCAUGAAGCUGGGAGUCACCCUGGCCUACUUCUUCCAUGCUGGAGAGACUGACUUGGAGGGCACAGAGGUGGACGGGAAUCUGCUGGACGCUCUGCUUUUCAACACGUCCCGCAUCGGCCAUGGUUUUGCCCUGCCACACCACCCUGUGGCCAAGGAGCUUUCCAGAAAGAUGGGCGUGGCCAUUGAGAUAUGUCCCAUUUCCAACCAGGUACUGAAACUGGUCUCAGACUUGCGGAAUCACCCUGCUGCAGUACUGAUGUCUGAAGGUCAUCCGCUGGUGAUCAGCUCAGAUGACCCAGCUGCCUUUGGAACGACAGGACUGUCGUACGACUUCUAUGAGAUGUUUGUAGGGAUUGGUGGGAUGAGCUCAAACCUGGGCACACUCAAAGAGCUGGCCAUCAACUCUCUCAGGUACAGCUCGCUGUCUCCUCAGCAGAAGGAGGAAGCGCUGACCCUCUGGCAAAAAAAGUGGGACAAGUUUGUCUAUGAGAACUUGUAGCUGGAACUGACUAGUGCCGUAACACCUGGCUUUAGGGUUGCUUUACGUUAAGAUGUUGAAGAAGCAUAAACCCCUUGUGGAAGAAGAAAAGGCUGUUACUAAACAAUAGAUGCUUUGUUUGGUGGUGUAGGUGUUUUCUCUGUACACUUUUUUAAAUUUUUUGUAUAGGUAACUUCUAGAGUUAAGCAACAAAAAAUAGCACAGAAAACUUUGCAAAGAGUACAUAUUCUACAACCACAUUAACAUGUGAAAAGAACAUCAGGGGUCCAUAUUACAACACACAUAAACCAAUAUGAUAAUUAAGUAAAUUACAAAAGAUAUUUUUUAUUAUUUUCAAUGGGAUUAAACUUUAUCAUCACAUCCAUUUUUUUUUAAUUAUUAUCAGUUUUACCUCUUAUAUCUGUAUAUAAGAUUGCACUUAAGUG